GUCGGUGUCGUAGUCGCCGUCGUCGAGGAGCAGAAAUCAAAAAGAUUUCGAACGCAAACAGAUGCGACGUGCCGUUCACUGCAACUGGUCGCACGUUUUCCCUCAACGCGAAUUCGACAUUCGUCACUCGACAAGCUCAGGCGUCUAUUUCGUAUUGUUGUCCCAUCAUAGGUUCGCAAAUUGGAUUUGGCUGCUGACUCGUACAUAGUCGCUCAGCCACAACCGCGUCAGUCCAAUUGAAAUUUUGACGAGUCGGAAGUGUGUGUAACGUGUUUUCGUGGUUUUCCGUUAUUUCGUGAUAUUUUCCUUUUGGAUUAUCAGUUAAAUGCGUAAAAACAUAUGUGCAAAUAAAAAACUAAAUAGAGCUUGAAGUUAGUUGCGAAAUUCAAUAAACUUACAUUGAAGCCUAUAAACAAAAAAGUGGUGAAAUAUAUGUAUGUGUGUAUCCGUUCAUCUGCCAAGGCGCAGUUGAUGCUCAUUUAAAGCAUCCCGUCAGUGUCGGGGGAAUCUGUGUCACACAACCGAAAGUGAGACGUCUGACACCCGGCCUCAAAAGUCGAUGAAAAAAGUAUUUGUGGCAAAAACCAAAAUUAAAAUAAUGAGAAUUCAAUCACAAUAAAACCACGUCAUCAGCCACGCAUUUGUUGCCGUUUAUUAAAUUAAAAGUGUCAUUAAUCUGUGCAUCAGCGAAUGUGUGUGCUCCUGCUAGCGAUUGCCUACUAGCCCUUCUUCCAUCAUUGCGCCAAUUCGCACCCCACAAAUAAUUACGUGGAUGUCGGCUGGUGCAGGUGUGUGUCUCAGGAACUACUUAACUCCUCCAAAUGCUAGCUUUGAAAUUCGCUGCACUAAUCCUGCAGAAACUCUGCUUUUUUGUUUGCUGAUGCGGAAAAAAUCGGUAUUUUAAUUUGCCUUUUUGUGAAACCAGUGCCUAAAUGCAAUUUUACUGAUCCACAAAGUGCGUAAAUUACAUUUGCGAACAGAGGGUUGCAACUAAUUUGAACUUUUGCGCUGAAAUUACGGAGGUCGAUCCUUCUAAAAUGGUGCUAGGCCAAACUGCUGGCACUCCACCGGUUGUUGAUGUGAUACGCCACUUUUUGCUCCUGUUCACUGUAAGCGCAUCGUUGUCGCGCUGCUUUGUGGGAGCAGAAAUUUUCUCUGCCAUAGACGACUUUAACGGAGUGUUGGCCAAUAAUUUAGCGGAGCGUGCAUAUGGCGCCGACAAUGGAGGCAAUCGUUGUUCCGCGCGAAAAUUUCAAGCGAUUGCCAAAGCCAUUGAUGAUGUUGAGGAUCUGGAACUGGAUGUACCGGCUAAUAUCGCAUUUGACAGUCAUCAGAAAAAAAGAUUCUUACUAUACAUCAAUAAAUCUGCACCGCUGGCCAUACAUUUUUCGCAGCAAGUUGUACGCAAGAUUUACUUCAAUCAAACAGUAAAUUUAUCGCGGUCACUUAUGUCGGAUCAGCGCACUGUGGUAUUGCCUUGUGCACUGCGUGGCCAAUACGAUAUUUUUGUGCAAGCCCGUCAGCGAGGCUCUAUCAAAAUUGAAGCACGUGCCGAACAUCCGCAAUCCAGCUGGCCGCUACUCAAUCGCCCGCACCACAUCAGCAUACGCAGUCAGAAUUGGGUACGCAAACGCCAAAUGAUAGUCAAGUGGGACAAGAGCAAAUUCGAUUUCCAUGCAGUCCACUACUGUCUGGUUGUGAAUACAGGCCAGCGACAAUUGAAUUUCUGCAGCGCCGUCAACGAAUACUUCACGAGUACAGCACACCACGUAGAUGCUGACGCACCGACCAACUGCUACUCGGGAUCUUUGAUGGAUUAUAUCUGGUUGAAGCCUCCGGAUCGUGCUAAGAAAAUUGAUCCACGCACCACCAACAUUAUCUGUACGGGUCCUCACACUCAGCAGCUACUGAAGGGCGUGCUGCCAAAUCUAACAUACUACUUGGAUGUAUUUGGCGUGCACACUCGCCGACAAAAUCUCACUUUCCACAUUGCCUCUACACAAGUGGACUUCAAUCGCACACAUCCCGUUUCGUUACGAGCUAAUAUGUUUACAAUGAAGAAAAUAUCUGGGCUGCAUGGCGUACAGGUCUUCAGCUUUAAGAUUCCAUUUGGAGGCAUUCCUGCUUUCUACAAACAUUUUCGCACCUCAGCUUUACCAUCAAGAGCACUACAGCUGAGGUAUCUCAUUGUACCAUGUGGCGGCAGCGAAAUCGAUGCAAAAAUACUCCGGCAACGCCGAGUUAUCGGCAACGUUUCAGGCAUAUAUCGGCCCACCUACAUUCGGCUUUCUGAAGUCCAGGAAGGACAGCGGUACAUAGUGCGAUUCACUCCCAGCAGUGAAGACGAGACGAUACGUGCCAACAAAGUGGGAAUGGCCGUGACUACAACCGGCAUCUUCCAACACCUACCAGAACUACCGGAGAAUAUAACAGUCUUCGAAGUACAAAACCGGUGCUCCUUGGCCACCAUUGCAUGGUACAGUUCGCCAGACAAUCGAACAGAGAGGUACUGCAUAAUUGUGUUCAAUUUACCGCAUCGUAAUCGUAGUUCCAUCGAUUACACGAACUACUGCCUUGAUUUUGGAAGGCGCGUAGUGCAGCAUCCACUCUUUGACUCCAUCAAAUGCAUUGAGCGUUCGAAAAGUGCAACUCUUGAAACGCAUACAAUUUUUAAUCUGACGCCAGGUGAAACAUAUCUCAUUUACGUCACUGCCAAUCUGAGCGAGGGGAGGUCACUGCCAUACCAAUCUCUGCGGAUUACCAUGAGUCAUCAAUGCAGUAAUCAUCUUAUUGAGUCGCGAGAACAAACUGCAUAUUAUUAAACGUUUUUUCAACGGAGUGUUUGGAAAGUAAAAUGGAUUUCAGGAGUAUGGUUGAAUGACAGCAGCAUAACCUGUGCCUCAUCUGAACAUCUUCUGACUUAUUUGUUCAUUGGACUCGCUGUUUAAUUGAUUUCAUCGAAAUACUAUUCAAAAUUACCAUUUUGCAUAUACGUACAUAUAUCUAAGUAGUUGAUAACUACUUGUACUAUAAAUGAGUAUAAUUACAUAUAUAUUUACAUAUGUACAUACAUUUGCAUAGUUAUACAUAUACACAAUGCAAUUGCCAGUUCCACAAUUUAAGCGCUGAAAGACUUAAGCUUAUGCCUUUGACAUGUGUCUACUUUAGUUAAGAAUACGUAGUCGAAAACCAAAUGCAUUGCCUAGUUAUAGGAGCGCCGAGCUCUCCCAGUGGGAAAUUUCAUAAAAUCAUCAUAUACAUUUAUACUUAUAUGUACAUAUAUUUAUUUCAUGUAACGCGAGAUUUUAUUUUUCGCAGUGAGCUUCCCACGCCACCGUGAAUUACAUUGUUCGCUCCUUCAAUUACGAUCGCGAAUUACCUCAUUCACACGGGCACAUUCCCAAUUCUAUUUGACAGUACUCUGUCCCUGCGUUUUGUUUUUUUUCGCUGCAAAAUUGGUGCAAUAUGUAAGUUACUGCUAAAAAUGUUUGUCUGUUUUAAAUUGGUUAUGUACACAUUUAUUAACUUUAGUUUUAGUACUCAGAUAAAGUGCCAGUUUUUAUUUGUAAACUGGUUUCGAAAAAUUUCCGAUUAAAAUUAGACACGGCAGCGAUUUGUUCGUAAUUCGCAUGGUAAUUGGAUCUGAAUUACUCACAAAUGAGGUAAUUCACUCUCAAUCUUUUGCAUGGCGAAUUAUGUAAUUCGAAGGGUAAUGGAGAAUCGAAUGGUAACCCUUCAAUUUGAAAAAUGCGUUAUAUAUUGCAUUUUUUAUGAUUUGCAGUCAGCAAUGCAUCCUUCAUACAAUUUUAUAUCACCCGAACAAUAAGCGCAACUCAAGACCUUUAAUUUGAGCCAAGGUAGAAGUAUCUAGGCCUUUGAGAGCCAAAUUAUAACGAUCCUUGCGAUUGACAAAGACAAUUUUUAGUUUGGUUAUACAAUAAAAUUAUGAAUUAUUUAUUCCAAUUAAACUUGCGUGUGUUGAUAUUACAAAGAUGACAAUUUAACUGACAAACAUAGCGCUAACGAUGGUGACAAACCGAUGCACUAAUGAUGAAUAUGCAGGCGGCGACUCCGUUGAUGGACGAUAAAGAUUAAGAUGAUACACUAUGUUGAUGGAUGAUAAAGAUCAGGGAUGGAAUUUCAAAAUUUCAAAAUGUGCCAAAUGGUCUUCAAAAAUAGUGCCGAAAACGAGAUGAA